UUGCUCUAAAGAAUCACGGUGCCAAAGAAGUGGAGAGGGAUGGAGACCGCAGCAAUGGACCAGCUCCGGGCUCGGCAGCGGUACUGGAGGGCGAGCUGCUCCUACAGGCGCUCAACGGCUUCGUGCUGGUGGUGACAUCGGAAGGACUGAUAUUUUACUCCUCGCAUACGAUUCAGGACUAUCUGGGAUUUCAUCAGACAGAUGUCAUGCACCAGAGCGUCUUUGAGCUGAUCCACACUGAGGACCAGGAGGAAUUCAGGCGCAACCUCCACUGGGCACUCAACCCACCCCAUGCUCCCAAGGAUGAGCCUUCUGCAGAAGGGGGGAAAAGUCUCGGCUCUCCUGCUGUCACCUACAAGCCGGAUCAGCUGCCCCCAGAAAACUCCUCCUUUCUGGAAAGGAGCUUCGUGUGCCGCUUUCGCUGCCUCUUGGAUAAUUCCUCCGGCUUCCUGGCUUUAAACCUUCAAGGCAGGCUGAAAUUCCUUCACGGGCAGAACAAAAGGUCUGAAGACGGGUCUGCACUGCCACCCCAGCUCGCUCUCUUCGCUAUCUCCACCCCCUUGCAGCCCCCGUCCAUCCGGCAGAUCCGAACUAAGAACAUGAUCUUCAGGACGAAGCACAAGCUGGACUUCACCCCCUUGGCGUGCGAUGCCAAGGGGAAGAUCGUUUUGGGCUACACCGAGGCGGAGCUGCGGAUGCGUGGCACCGGCUACCAGUUCAUCCACGCUGCCGACAUGCUGUACUGUGCUGAGAACCAUGUCAGGAUGAUGAAGACGGGUGAGAGCGGCCUGACGGUCUUCCGCCUGCUGACGAAGGAGAAUCGCUGGAAGUGGGUGCAGGCCAACGCACGGCUCGUCUACAAGAAUGGCAAGCCCGAGUACAUCAUUGUCACGCAGAGACCCCUCGUAGAUGAAGAAGGAGGAGAGCACCUUCGGAAACGGUCCAUGCAUCUUCCCUUUACCUUUGCUACAGGAGAGGCGCUCUUAUACCAAAGCGCAUACCCUCUCUCAGGCUUCCCUGACCCUUUCCAGAGCAAAGGGAAAACCAGCAAGUCCAAGAAGACCUCCCACAGCCACAGAGGACGCUCCCAGAAGAAUGGCGUUGACCCCAGUUCUCUGCUGGGCGCCGUGAUGCGACAGGACAAGGCGGUGUACGCCUCGCAUCCAGCUCCCUCACCUAACCACUCCUUCAGCAGCAGUUCCUUGGGCCACCUCGAGGAUGUGUCCUUGCUGGAGGCAGGAAGAGAUGCUUGGAGUAUGGGCACUGCUCCAGUUUCUUCAAGGGGGAACAGCGUCAAAGAGGAGCUGGUGGAUUUGCAGCAGGAGGACCCUCUCUUGGCCACCCUGGACUCGCUCUCAAUUGAGAGUGACGAGAGCUGUUCCAACAAUGAGUUCUUCAGUGCGCUGGAGGGCCUGGGGUUGAAUGCUGAAGACCUAGAGCUCCUGCUGCUGGAUGAGAAAAUGGUGAUGGUCAAUAUGGACCCUGACCACGCCCUGUCCCUGCACGACUGCCUCGCCAGCAACCAGGUUCUCUCCUACAUCCACACCGCUCUGGUGAACAAGCACGAGGGAGGACAACAGGUCUGUCCCCUGCCAGGCACAUCCCCGAGCCCACGUGGAGGCACCUCUACAUUCCAGGCCCACAGGGAGAACGAGGACACGCAGUACCUGCCCCAGCACAUGGUGCAGCCUGGCAUUGCCCUGGGCCAGCCCCCCGCUCCGCU